CAACACCCAAAUCUGCAGUCAUGGCUUCUCGUCCCACCAAUAUUGGCAUCAAAGCCAUUGAGCUUUACAUCCCCAGCCAGUGCGUCGACCAAACCGAGCUGGAAAAGUUCGAUGGCGUCUCCCAGGGCAAAUACACCAUUGGCCUCGGCCAGACUAAGAUGUCCUUCUGCGACGACCGUGAGGACAUCUACUCGCUCUCCCUGACUGCUCUCUCUUCGCUUUUCAAGAAGUACAGUAUAGACCCAAAGUCUAUUGGUCGCCUCGAAGUCGGUACCGAGACGCUUCUCGAUAAGUCCAAGUCCGUCAAGUCAGUCCUCAUGCAAUUGUUCGAGGAGUCUGGCAACUUCAAUGUUGAGGGCGUGGACACCGUCAACGCCUGCUACGGCGGCACAAACGCUCUGUUCAACAGCGUCAACUGGAUCGAGUCCUCCGCGUGGGACGGCCGUGACGCGGUCGUUGUCACUGGUGACAUUGCUCUCUACAAGAAGGGCAACGCCCGCCCGACUGGUGGAGCUGGCUGCGUUGCCAUGCUCAUUGGUCCUGACGCCCCCCUUGCCAUCGAGGCCGGCCAGCGCGGCUCGUACAUCAAGCACGCCUACGACUUCUACAAGCCCGAUCUCACGAGCGAGUACCCCAUCGUAGACGGCCACUUCUCCAUUCGCUGCUACACCGAGGCCGUCGAUGCCUGCUACAAGGCCUACAAUGCGCGCGAGCAGACUUUGAAGUCGCAACAAAAUGGCAACGGUGCCAAUGGCCACGAGGAGGCUCGCGAGACUCCUCUUGACCGUUUCGACUACAUGGCCUUCCACGCCCCCACUUGCAAGCUUGUGUCCAAGUCAUACGCUCGCCUGCUAUACAACGACUACCUCACCAACCCAUCCAACCCCAUUUUUGCUGAGGUUCCUGCUGAAUUGAGGGACAUGGACUACGCCACAUCCGUCACGGACAAGACCGUUGAGAAGACCUUCAUGGCACUCGCCAAGAAGCGCUUCAACGCCCGCGUCCAGCCCAGCAUCAACGUUCCAACACAGUGCGGAAACAUGUACUGCGGCAGUGUCUACGGCAGCUUGGCCAGCAUUCUUGCCAAUGUUGAUAACCAGAGCUUACAGGGCAAGCGCAUCGGUCUUUUCAGCUACGGAAGUGGUCUCGCCUCCUCCAUGUUCUCGUUCAAGGUGAACGGCAGCGUCGAAAACAUGGCCAAGCAGCUUGAUAUUCCCAACCGUCUGGAGUCCAGGCGCGUGGUCGCCCCUGAGGUGUAUGACGAGAUGUGCAACCUCCGUGAGCAGGCCCAUCUCAAGAAGAGCUACACCCCCACUGGCAAGACCGAUGGCCUCUUCCCUGGUACCUACUACCUCACCCACAUUGACGACAUGUUCCGCCGCUCGUACGAGAUCAAGCAGUAGAUGUCUUUCUGUCGGAACCAGACUCAUACCACGACUUUUAUCCUCUUCCGCUGCAUUCUGAGCAUUUGCAGGAGCCCACAUCUGCCUCGGCAUAGACUCAUCUUUCGACCAAGGAGUUUUGGACGGUUUGUCUGUUUGGAGGAGGGCGAGAGCCGUCAUGGUCCUCGGAGGAACGAACAUUAUGAUGUAUGUGACAGAUGGGUUGGCAUUUAUAAAUGGCAACUUUACAACGGCUAGUCAAGAGACUUUGCUGCCCUAAUUUAGCUUCACUGCGAAGCAUACAUGUAGAUAGAAGAACAUUUGUUCAUGACCAUCACUACAGCGAUAAU